GUAUGUAAAAGUAAUUUUAUCUAUUUAAGGAAAACAAGUGGCAUUAAUUAUAAAAAUUUAAAGAAGAAAAAUUGAAAGUAAAUAAAUGAAUUAGCGGCAUUAUUUUUUAGAGUUCUGAAAAAUGUACCACUUGGUAAUCAAAAAUACAAAAAACUUAUAAUGCAAUAGCCUACUGUGCCAAUUUGAUAUGGCUAAGAAGCUAAAGCAAACGACACACUCCCUACACUUCAAUCUCCAGUUCUGCAAAAUGUGUUCCUCACGUAAUCUGAUUCGAUGCAUGUUUCACCCUCCAGGACACAUUUGUGUUUACGAAUCCAUGAAUACAACACAAGACAUAUUUAAACAGCAUCUCAGUCCCAAUACAACAGAAGUGACUAAAGUAUUCAGCAGCAGUAGCAUCACAGAAGGUAUUAAGAAUGAAACCUCAUACCUCUAUAUUGUGUAUGGAUUAGUAGGAGUUGGAGUGUUUGGAGUCUGUCUUUUCCUGUUCCUGGCCUGGAAGACCAAGAAAAGUAAAGAAUCUGUUGAUGCACUCAUCCCCUCAGUGAUCCUCAUGAAAUACGACGACCAGCCAACGCAGGACUUGGACUCAGAGCCAGACUACGUGAAUCAGAUGGAAGAGAGUGGCCAUGACUACUGCAGUGUGGACCUGCAUGCUGCAGAUGAGGAUUCAGCAAGUGAGGAUGAUGAUUAUGUUAACACAAACACAAUGAUAGCCUGUGAAGCCUACCACAGUGACAGUGACAGUGAACCAGACUAUGAGAACUCUGCAUAUCUUGAAAAGCAGACUAAUUAAACAACAAGGUUGUAAUGCAGGAAAGACCAUAUGCCAUAGUCACUCGGGGCAUGCCUGGGCUGUAGAGAUGCACAAAAACCUUUUCUAGCUGUAUUUGUAGCCUUUGAAAAGAUUGCAUAAAUCACUUUUCAUUGACAGCCUUGUGUUUGGCAAACAUGCACAGAAAAGAAGAAUCUAUUAUGAAAGGUGACCUCAGAUGAAGCAGCGGGGUUGAAGUCCUAGGUUCAUCAAUACACCUCAGAGGCAAACCAGUAUGUGUUUGUAGAUGCACUGAACUUCAUUGUUUUCUGAAAUUCUAGUUUUAACUUUUAUAUCACACAUCUUGAGCCAGAAUUGGCAAAGCAGCUGCUAGUAGGAAUUGCUCAGUCUCAUUGUGAAAGAUGGGUGGGUAACACUGAGGGACAGCAGAAUGGUUUAGCAAUAUGACUUAGCAUAAAGUAUAAGCAUUAACUGAAGUGUGACGUUCCCUUUGUAACACAGAAUUUUGUCGUACUGAGAUUCUAUUUGUGUUUAUACUAACCAGGUCCUUGAGAAGGAAAGCCUUCAAGACCUGAUUGGUCAAACACUUAAUUCCCCGAUAUAACACUCAGUGCAACUUCUACAGAGAACUGUAAUCAAUGCUAAGUCAUUGUAGUAUUUUAAUGGUGACAAAGCUGGCAUAGUUAUUUAUGAAUGAUAAAUAUGAAUAUAGUGUCAUUAGUAUUAGCUCAGGGAAAUGGUCAACAGAGCAAAGGUGACACCCAAAUGCCCGGUGAAGCUGUAGCUAAUACUAUUAUUAGUGUUGGUAAUAGAUAUUACUGUGUGUCAGUGAGCUAUAACUGCAGAGGAAGGCCAUGUAGCUGCUCCUGUUUCCUCCUUGCAGCACAACUAGCCUCUACACUCCUACUCUGUCCCAGGAGCUGGUUUUCACUGACUGGGGAAGGUGCAAGAUGAUAUAGUUUGGAUUUGACAGUCUAGGUACAAAAAUUGCUGUGUUACAUCUUGCCACAUUACUUACCAUAUUGAAAAUGCACACACAACAAUACAUCCCAUCCCUGACUUAAUGGGGUGAACCCAUUCUGUGAAAAUGCCAUCAGGGGAUGUACCUAAAAGAAAUGUUUCACCAAAAAUGAAUCAGAAAACUAAAAUAAAAUGUAUUUUUAUGUAUGAU